AUGAGAGUCCAUUUGCUUCUAUUCACUUUCCUCCUCUUCUUGACCCUCUUACCCUCAGUGAGAAGUGGCCUGGGUUCCGCUGAAGGACACUGUCUCAAUCUGUCUGGAGUCUGCAGAAGAGAUAUUUGCAAAUUUACAGAAGAUGUAAUUGGCAGCUGCCGCCGGAGGUGGAAAUGCUGCAGGCCGUGGUGGAUUCUUCUACCAAUCCCAACACCGGUUAUCUUUUCAGACUAUCAAGAGCCCCUUAAGUCAAAAUUGAAAUGA